AUUACGGUAAAUUUAUAGAUCCGUCGGAGUCUUGGUUGUUUGCAAACCCAAAGAGCACUGCAAUGUAAAUUUAUCAAGAGAAUAAUCGGACCGCAUACCGAAAAUAGCGCUGCAGAAACGCAGAAGACCUCCUUCUUUCAACUAAACUGACUUCUGGAAUGGCUUCUAAACCUCAUCCGCCUCUGAUGAAGAAACACAGUCAGACCGAUCUGGUGAGCCGACUCAAGACUCGCAAGAUCCUGGGCGUCGGUGGAGAGGAUGAUGAUGGAGAGGUGCACAGGUCAAAGAUCAGCCAGAUGCUGGGGAAUGAGAUCAAGUUUGCGGUUCGAGAGCCUGUGGGACUGAGGUUAUGGAUUCUCUUCUCUGCUGUGGUUUUCACAGUCAUGGCCCUUAUGGCCCUGGCCUUCCCCAACCAGCUGUAUGAGGUUGUAUUUGAUCAGGAGCAAACGGCCACCAGUGUCUCUAUACGCCUCUAUGGAGGGGCCAUUCUCAGCCUGUCUCUGAUCAUGUGGAAUGGCUUGUACACUGCUGAGAAGGUUAUCAUCCAGUGGACAUUACUUAGCGAGGCCUGCUACUUCGCCAUCCAGUUUUUAGUGACCUCCGUCACUCUGAUGGAACUGGGCUCCCUGCCAAACACUGCCAUCCUCCUCCUCCUCAGUCGCAUAUUCUUCCUCACCGUCACGCUGUCCUACUACUACCAUCUGGGACGCCGGCCCAAGAAGAUCUGAGAGCCC